AUGGAUUCAAAAGAGAAAGAAAAAGAGGCCCAGAACAAAAGCAGGGUCGACUAUUCUUUUCCGAUAUCCGAAUACGCGAAGCAGCUGGAUUUUCCAGUCAGAGAUCGAUAUUUACAGAAAAUAGCGGCAAUUGGAAUUGAUCCAGUUUUAGUCGAAGGGAAGGACUUUAAGCCGGACUGUUUGCCUCCUGUUGAAUCCACAGAUAUUUUGUGGUAUCUUGUCUUGGAGACAAGUUUCUACACUCAAGAACAGUUUAAAGCUUUCCGAAGUCCUGAAGCAUAUAACCAAAUGGUCUCUGGUUUUAUCGCAAGCGUGCAAGGCCACAUAAUUGCCGACAAGUUUCUUGUUUUAGCAAAGGUGAGACAUUCCCAGCAUAUGAAUGACUCUCUUAUUUCAUGUUGGGUUAUCACGGAAAGAGAAGGAACAAUUUUGUUUGCACACUGCUUAGGUUGCAAGGCUGGCCUGGCAGAAACCUGUUCGCAUAUAGCAAGUGUGCUAUUUUAUCUGGAAGCGUGGACAAAAAUAAAUGGCAGACUUGCCUGCACGCAAGUGAAGUGCUCGUGGCUUUUACCUACCUACGUCAAACAAGUAGAAUAUGAAAAGGUGCGAGAAAUAAACUUUACAUCCGCAAGGAAAAUGAAAAACGAUUUAGAUGCCAAGAUUGAGAACCUCUCCAAUGUUUCCAGCCCUGAUAACUCUGCUAAAGGAAACGUGUCAAAGGAGAUCCCUGUUCCCUCAAAACCAGAAAUGGAUACCUUUUAUGCUAAACUUAGUAAGUCUAGUAACAAGCCCAUCGCUCUAUAUGCAGACAGCUAUAUCCUCAAAAGUCGCUGCGUACCUACAAUUAGCGAUCUGUUUGAUAAGAAGUACCUCGCUCUGAGUUAUCCUGAGUUAUUAAAAGCUUGUCAAGAGGUAGAUAUUGAGAUUACAAAAGAACAAAUCUUGCAAGUUGAGAGAGAUACUGUCGCACAAGCGAAGGGUAACAGUUUCUUCAGACAUAGAGCUGUAACACAAAGGCAUUUCCCUGAUAAAGAUCAUUGGGAAGCCGUUUUACCUAAACUGACCAGGUUUUGGAGGACUUGCAUAUUACCCGAAGUUUUAGGGAGAUGGUACACUAGGAAACAUGACUUUGGUGAUGUUAAGCCAAUGGAAGCCCAUUCUGUUUUCUUUUGCCGAACUGUGACAGCUGAAGACACAGUAAGCUGCUGUAAUGCUAAUUGUCCUAUUUUGAAGUUCCAUUUGUCAUGCUUAGGUAUUUGCAGCAUACCUAAAACAUGGUACUGCCCCAACUGCAGAACACUGCCUGAAUUCAAAUGCACAAAGAAGUCCACUCAAGCUGGCAAGAAACAUGUAGCACCUUCAGAUGCCCUUAUCUUGGAUUCUAUUUGUGUUUGCAAAAAGAAGCCAAGUGAAACUGAUAAGCUCUUAGAAUGUCACAAUGAAGGUUGUAAGAAUGGCAGAUUCUUUCAUUUGGCUUGCAUAAAUCUUAAACGUAUGCCAAACACAAGUAAAACAACAUGGGUUUGUCCAGCUUGUAAACCUGUUAAACAGAAGAGUUCCAAUACUGAAGAUGGAGUGAAGUUUGUAAAAGAGGUGAAAAGUAAAACCCCCAUUGAAAAGUACAAGCAAUAUGCCAAACUGGGGCAGGCAGAAUAUGACCUUAUCAUGUCAACAACAGGAUGGUUAGAUGGUACAAUAAUACAUGAGGCUCAAACCAUCUUACGGCAAGUCAAUAGCAGCAUACAUGGCUUCCAACGACCAACACUCGGGCCUAUCAAGCAGUUUGAUAUAAUGACUGAGGACUUUAUUCAGAUUUUGAACAUCAAUAACAAUCACUGGGUGUGUGUCAGUUCAAUUGCCUGCCCUCCUGGACAUGCAAAUUUAACGGACAGUCUUGCUAAGCCAGUAAUUUCAAAGGAACUUAAGGAACUGGUAGAGGCUUUGCUUGGUCCAAACUUUCAGGGCAUUUCUAACAUCCCAGUACAGCAGCAAAUGAAUGUCAGUGACUGCGGAGUGUUUGCCAUAGCCUUUGCAACAUGUCUUGUUUAUGGACAAAAUCCAUGUAAUGUGAUUUUUGACAUUCCUAGGAUGCGCCAACACUUGCAUAGAUGUCUGAGAGCUGGCAUGAUGCAGUUGUUCCCUACCACUUGA